AUUGGUUUAGCGGGUCGGCUGCGAGAUUUGAACCAGCUAGACUGUCUUGAGCUCGGCCGUCGCUCGUGGUCUUUACGGAAACUGGAGGAUCCGUCGGAGGACUAACCGGGCGAAGGGUUGGUAACAGCCAGUGGUUGCUAUGGCCCAAGGUCUUGUCUCCCCAGGAGGGCUGAUUUCUGAUGGUGAAGAUGAAGCUGCUCUUGUCCUGGAAUCCACUGCAGCAGAAUGCGGAGCUUCCUUCUGCCGAUCUCUUCUGCCAGAUUUCUCUUCCAUCUCUUCAAGCCAUGAGCAGGCUGCUUCUGAUGACAAUAGGAAAGUGAAAGUGUAUGCAAGGGUGAGGCCCCUGACUCCAGCUGAGAUGGAAAAACCAGAGGAUCAAGGCUGCAUCUGUAUUGAGAAUUCUGAGACCCUUUUACUUAAAGCACCCAAGGACUCCUUCACCAUGAAAAACACCGAACGAGGGAUUGGUCAGGCACUGCAUAAAUUCACCUUCACCCAGGUCUUUGGACCAGAGGUUGGCCAGAAAGCUUUUUUUGAUGCAACAAUGAAGGAAGUAGUGAAGGAUGUUCUUCAUGGACAAAACUGGCUUGUUUACACAUAUGGAGUCACGAAUUCAGGGAAGACCUAUACUGUCCAGGGAUGUGGUACUGAUGGGGGGAUCCUUCCUCGCUCUUUGGCAAUGAUAUUCAGCAGCAUUGGGAGACAGCUGUAUCGGGACACAGACCUGAAGCCCUUCCGUUCCUGUGAAGUAAUCCAGCUGGACAGCAAACAGGUUUGUCAGGAGGAAACCAAGAAGCAGAACCUCUUGUGUGGCAAGAUGAAAGAGGAGGAUCUGUUUACUUCUGUGAAUAAGAGUUGCGGCACAGGAACUAGCAUUGACAGUGGUGUGGGUGGACUCUCAUCUACCUGCAACUCUACCCAUCAAACAACCUCCAACUUGCUAGAAGAGACUGGUCCUCACUGCGUUGACCCAGAUAAUAUCUCACUGCUGGCUAAUGAGGAUGUGCAAUUUUCCAUCUGGGUCUCCUUUUUUGAGAUCUACAAUGAGCUGAUUUAUGACUUGUUGGACAUAAGUGUGGUCAGUUCAUCCCGCAAGAGGCCCAGCCUGCGGCUGUGUGAGGAUCAGACUGGCAACCCCUACAUCAAAGAUCUGACCUGGAUCAAUGUUCAGGAUGCUGAUGAAGCCUGGAAACUGCUGAAACUGGGCCGAAGAAACCAAAGCUUUGCUAGCACCCACAUGAACCAGAAUUCUAGCCGCAGUCACAGCAUCUUCUCCAUUCGAAUUCUACACCUACGGACAACCAGUGACGAAAUGGACCAAAAGAUUAGCGAGCUGUCAUUGUGUGACCUUGCUGGCUCUGAACGCUGCAAAGAACAGAGGGCUGGGGAUCGCAUGAAGGAGGCAAAUAAUAUCAACACUUCUUUGCACACACUGGGGCGUUGCCUCACUGUGCUGCGCCAGAACCAGCAGGCCAGAGUGAAACAGAGCGUUGUGCCCUUCCGCAACAGCAAGCUAUCUCGUGUGUUCCAAGGAUACUUCACAGGGCGAGGACAGUCCUGUAUGAUUGUCAAUAUGAGUCCAUGUGCCUCCUCAUACGAUGAGACUCUGCAUGUGGCUAAGUUCUCUGCUGUUGCCACCCAGCUUAUACAAGCUCCCUCAAAGGUGGGACUGCUGACCAUUCAGUCUCUUCUCAAGGAACAGAGCAUUAGACUAAAAGGGGUCCCUGCAGCAUCCUCGGUUCAAAAAACAGAACCUGAUGAAGAGAGUGAGGAUGAAACAGAUGUGACCGUGUAUGAAAAAGAGGACCUGAUGCGUGUGGUUGAGGCUGUGCAAAGUCUGCUGCUGAAGGAGCGCCAGGAGAAGCUGAUGCUGGAAAUGCAUCUCCGUGAUGAGAUUUGCAAUGAGAUGAUGGAGCAACUUCAACAGAGGCAGCAGUCAAGCAGUGAGCAGGUGGAUGCCCAAAAAGAGAUUCUAGAGAAUAUGUAUGAAGAUAAGUUGACCCAUCUAAAGGAGUUGCUGACCGAUUACUAUCAAGAGCAGAUUGAGGACCGGGACGAGAAGAUAGAAGAACUGGAAGCUGCCUUGCAAGAAGCAAAACAACAACAAGAACUCCAAGUGGGAAAGCAACAGGAGCCAGAGGAGGCACAGCGCAGAUCCAAACGGGUAGUGGCAGCAUCCACCCUGCAACAGGAACUGGAGGAGACAAAAGUCAAGCUAGAGCAGUACCAGGCUGAGCUGAGUACAGCUAAAGAAGAGCUACGCAAAUACCGAAAAAUGGUGGAGCCACCACCUUCGGCAAAGGCCAUCACUGUAGAUGUGGACCGGAAGCUGGAAGAAGGUCAAAAGAAUGUGAGGAUGCUGCGUUCUGAGCUGCAGCGAAUUGGGGAGUCACUUCAGUCAGCAGAAAGAGCAUGUUGUCACAGCACAAGUGCUGGAAAACUCCGUGAGACCCUGUCUAUGUGCGAUGACAUCCUGGUCAAACAGGAUCAAACUUUGGCUGAGCUUCAAAACAAUAUGAUGCUGGUGAAGCUAGAUCUGCGGAAGAAGGCAGCCUGCAUUGCUGAGCAGUACCAUACUGUUCAAAAACUCCAAGCUGCCCCAACCCCAGCCAUCAAGAAACGGUUCUGUGCCAACAAUGAAAACAUGCAGCCUCAAAGUCAACCUCCCGUCAAGAAACCUUUCUUACACAACUUCCUGACUCGCUCAACAGCCAGGCCUGCUGUUGUAGAGAGCCCCUAUAGUCGCAUCCUGCGUUCUCGUAGAUCACCCCCUUUCAAAACCUUGGCCUUUGGCAAAAAGCGCUGAAUGAAUGCUUUUUUCAUCCUGUGGUAUAACUGCCAGCAACUGGUUGCUGGCUUUACAUUUUCUGUAUAUAAAUGUGUGUUUAUUCAUAUGUUAAGGCCUGAGCAAACAAUAUAUCCUGGGUGCCCCAAACAGGAGUACUAUGCAUGUCCUCUAUUUCAGGCCAGCUGCUACUCAAGUGUACAUGGAAUCCGAACAUUUUUGAGCAACUUUCUUAUACAAGUGUUUUUGCAUGCUAAGUCUGUAUUCAUUGCCAUAUUCUAUCUAUAUAAUAAAUGUGUCUUGCACUGUU